GUUCGGCCGCGACGCUGGAUCUUGGCUUCGACGUUCCUCCGCCAAUCAAAACCGUGACUGUAGAAGGGUCACGCCUCCUCAUACCCUGCCAGCCAAUCAGAGGCGAGAAAGGCUUGCCCAACGUCACCUGGACCAAUGAGGAGAGCGUAGUGAAUGAGCCCCGCCGCCACGUCUUGCCCAAUGGGACGCUGCUUAUCACGGAGGUGAGAGGCAGCGACGCGGGGCAAUACAGGUGUGUGCUGCGGCAGGGGACCCGCGCCGUGCUCUCCGCCCCCGUGGGCCUCGUGCUCGCAGACACCGGGUCGUGGCAGAUGCUCCCCCGCAACACCAGCGUGAGGACGAACAGCGCCGUGAGACUGACCUGCCACCUGCCUUCCAUCCCCCCCGCCUCCCUCACGUGGCUGGUGGACGACGAGGCGCUCGGAGGGGGCAGUCCGAGGUUCUACCAGCCACUGCCCGGUGUUCUGCAGAUAGCAAGUGUUCAGGAAGAAGAUGCUGGAGUUUACAAGUGCCGCGCCGUCAACGCCAUGGUCGGGAAGAACCUCACGAGUCCGGGAGGUUACCUGAGCGUGCUCAACGAG